AGAUGAAAAUUUGAAUGGACGACAUGAACCUGGACUCUACCAUCAAAUUGGAGUUGGUUUUGAAAGAGAUAAACAAUUAAGUUCCCGGACAAAUGGCCCUGGAAAAUUCGAUUUAGUUUGUGAAAUAAACAAAUUAGGUUGA